AUGCCAUAUGACAUUAUAAUCCUUAAAAGGAUAGAAACUACCUGUGUGGAAGACAUCAAGAAUAAAAAACAGAACAAUAAAAAACCUACAGCUUCAAAACGGCGAUCAAAUGCUCGUAGACAAGCAGGCAGAAAGCUUGACGAAAAAGUUGAUGAUCAAAAAUCACACGAAGAACCUUCUGGAGCAAAGUCUGGACAAAGCCCUUUAAGUAAGCAGCCUUCAAUUGAGCAGGAGAAGUGCAAUGACAAUAAUAAGACCCAAUCAGAGAGGAAUCAAGGCCAAUCAGAAGAAAAACAGCAUCAAUCAGAAGGAAAUCGAGGCCACUUAGAGAGAUCUCAUAGCCGAUCAGUAAAAUCUCCUGACAAAUCCAAGAGAUCUCAUGGUCAAUCAGAGAGAUCUCAUGGCCAAUCCGAAAGAUCUUGUGACCAAUCAGAGAUAUCUCAUGGUUGCUCAGAGGGAUCUCGUGGUCUCUCGGAGGGAUCUCAUGGUCGCUCGGAGAGAUCCCGUGGUCGUUUGGAGAGAUCUCGUGGUCAUUUGAGAGAUCUAAUGGUCAUUCAGAGAGAUAUCAUGAUCAUUCAGAGAGAUCUCAUGGUCGCUCAGAGAGAUCUCAUGGUCAUUUGGAGAGAUCUAAUGGUCAUUCAGAGAGAUAUCAUGAUCAUUCAGAGAGAUAUCAGUCAAUCAGGGAGAUCUUAUGGCCAAUCAGAGAGAUAUCGAAGAUACUCACCAGGAGGAAGAUUCAAAUCAUCACCGGAAACUGAGUCUGAAUUUGACAGGUAA